AUGGUGUUAGAAGCUACUGUAUUAGUUGUAGACAAUUCUGAAUAUUCCAGAAAUGGUGAUUUCCCAAGAACCAGAUUUGAAGCUCAGAUAGAUGCCGUCGAAUUUCUAUUUCAGAAUAAAAGAAAUGAAAAUCCUGAGAAUAAUGUUGGUUUGAUAGCAGCGGCUGGUGACAACCCUGUAGUUUUAUCUACAUUCACAUCUGAAUUUGGUAAAAUACUAGCAGGACUACACGAAAUUACAAUCGGUGGCUCUAUUCACUUAGGUACAGCAAUUCGUAUAGCCGAUUUAACUUUAAAGCAUCGUCAAAAUAAACAUCAACGAGAGAGAAUUAUUGUAUUCGUAUGUAGCCCUAUCUCAGAUACAAAAGAAGAAUUAGUAAAAUUAGGUAAGAAACUGAGGAAGAACGGUGUUACUGUUGACAUCAUUAACUUUGGUGAAAUUGAACAAAACACAGAAAUAUUAGAAGCAUUUUUUGAAGCAGCUGCAGAACCUACUGCUACUGAAGGAUGCCAUUUGGUAACUUUGAAACCAGGCCCAAGAUUAUUAUACGAACAAAUUGCCACUUCUUCAAUCAUAUUAGGUAACAAUCAUACCGGCGAUGCAAAUGAUUUUAAUGAUGUUAACAUGGGUGGUGACAGUGCAUUUAUGGAUUUCGGUGUAGAUCCAUCAAUGGAUCCAGAAUUAGCAAUGGCUUUACGUCUAUCUAUGGAGGAAGAACAACAAAGACAAGAAAGAUUAAGACAACAAGAACAACAAGAACAACAACAAGAACAGAAUAAUGGUAAUAAUGAACCUGAGACUAAAUAA